CGUGUCGUGCGGUAAAGUUGAGUGUGGCAAGUCAUCAUACAACUGACACAAGGGAAGAAGACCCCUCCGACAAAGUUUAACGCAUCCUCUCUUCAAGAUUUAAAAAAACAAAAAACAAAAACAAAAAACUACUAUCUUCAGACAGUCCGGCGAUAGAAACGUUGUAAAACAUGGCUGCUCUUUCAGCCUGGUUUUGGAACGAGAGGUUUUGGCUACCACACAAUGUAACCUGGGCGGAUCUGGCAGACCCAGCUCCCGGGGUGGAGUAUCCCAAAGCUGGACACUUGUUGACUGCUUUGCCGCUGGCUUUGGGGAUUUUUUUCGUCAGGAUAGUCUUCGAAAGAUUUAUUGCCAGUGCCAGUGCCCAUAGUCUUCACAUCCACGCAGGUGUUGGAAGGAGAGCUCAACCUAAUGCAGUGCUGGAGAAAGUGUUUACAUCCAUCACAAAGAAUCCAGACUCUCGCCAUCUGGAUGGUCUGUCCAAGCAGCUGGACUGGGAGGUGCGAAAGGUUCAGCGCUGGUUUAGACACCGCAGGAACCAAGAUAAACCCAGCACACACACAAAGUUCUGCGAGAGCAUGUGGAGAUUUACAUUUUAUUUGGGUAUAUUUAUUUAUGGGUUCCAGUUUCUCUGGCAGUCUCCUUGGAUGUGGGAUACACGACAAUGUUGGUAUGGUUACCCCUAUCAGGUCAUGACUUCAGGUCUUUAUCACUACUACAUUACAGAACUGGCCUUCUACUGGUCACUUAUGUUCUCCCAGUUUACCGACAUAAAGAGGAAGGACUUCCUGAUCAUGUUCAUCCAUCACCUGGCAACAGUGGGUCUGGUCAGCUUCUCUUACGUUAACAACAUGGCGCGAGUGGGGAGCCUCGUGCUGUGUGUCCAUGAUGCCUCUGAUUUCCUCCUAGAGGCUGCCAAGCUGGCAAACUAUGCCAAGUACCAGCGUUUGUGUGACUUCCUUUUCAUUGUGUUUAGUGUGGUUUUCUUUAUCACACGACUUGUUAUAUUUCCAAUAUGGAUCCUGAACUCUACUAUGUUUGAGAGCUGGGCCAUAGUCGGGCCAUUCCCAUCCUGGUGGCUCUUCAACGUCUUACUGCUGGUCCUCCAAGUGCUGCACAUCUUCUGGUCUUACCUCAUAGCGCGUAUAGCUGUUAAAGCCAUGCUGCGAGGCAGGGUUUGCAAUGAUGUUCGCAGCGACAUUGAGAGCAGCUCAGAAGACGACACUGAUGGGGCCACAGAUGGCCUCAAGACCUCCCCACAUAGCCCUAAAGGAGAAAAUGGCACUAAUGGUCACUGUGCUGCUGUCAAAGCCCGGACGCAGAACCACAGCAGCUGGUGACGAGGAGGGUGAAACCAGCAAGCUCCCAGCAGUUCACAUAUUCACAGCGUCUCCAGGAGUUUUGUUCUGAGGACAUUGCUCUGAUCUCCCACACUCACACACACACAUUUUCCACCAAAAGUGAGUGCGUAUGUGUGAACUGAUGAUGGAUGUGUAGACACUUAUACCUGUGGAGAGCCAUGAAAAGACACACAACUCCAAACAUUGGGAUUUAUUUUGUGCUGAGUUUGGCUGCAGAUGCUUGGUUUAUAUGUUCUCUCCCAGUUUUAUUGGAAAGAUGAACUUAAUUAUCUUAAAGGGUUAAUUCAUACUGGCUUGUACAGAGCAGAUGUCUCACAGCAGCUAUACCAAAAAAAAAAAAAAAAAAAGUAGUGUUAUGGCUGUGGUUUCGCUCUGUGAAUGGCAAAAGGUUGGGAGUCUUUUGCAGUUUGUGGAUUUACCCUUCACCACAUUGUUUGGCUACUUUGUGACAUGUUUUGAUUUGUUUUACUGUUUUUAUUACUACUUCUGAGACCAAAUGUGUAUGAAAAUGUUUCACUGCCUAUAUCAGAAUCCAGGUAUGAGGGCCAUGCAAAAAGUCUGUUGUGUUCUCACUUGAGUGCCUUGUUAAACAUAUUUUCAAAUAUAUUCUGUGGUUGAAAAAAUGUCUUUUUUUGAAGUGAAGAAAUAUUACACAUUAUGGU